AUGCUUACUGAUGUCACGAUACCAGUACUUACAGCCGAGUCUACUGAGAAUGGCAGGCUGGACGCCAACCCAGGAUCUUGCGGUCUAAAUCCUCCACUACGGCAGCCAAGUGGAGCUCGUGGAAAGCCUAUCUGUCUCAACACCAAUUAUUUUGCCAUCAAAACGAAAGCUGAAGUCAACCUCGUCCAGUAUGAGGUUUCUAUUAAACAAGAUACCAGGAGGAAUAUUAAGAUUGGGAAGAAACAAAAUAUGAAAAUUUUUGAGAAGAUGAAGAAAAGGAACCGAGACGUUUUCUCCUCACAUCCUAUGGCAUUUGAUGGCUUUAAGAAGGCCUACAGUGUUGAAGUUCUCCCAUCUUUUAAGGAGAAGGAGACCAUAACAUUUGAGGUCAAGCAUGAGUUGGAGGAAGAUGAUGGCGAUCCUGUGUCCUUCACUGUCCAGAUUUCUCUAGGCAUAACCAAAAGUCUUAGGGAACUAAUGGAAUCCCUUAAGUGCACUAAUAUGCAUAAAAAAAUUCAUGCUACGAUAUUUCGGAUGUUGGAUACAAUGCUACGUUACCGUCGAUUGCUCAGAUACGAAACGGUUGGAAAGAAAAGAUAUUUCUUAUUGAAUAGAGAAAUCAACCGUCCGAUUGACAUUGGACCAGCGGUGCAAGGAGUCACCGGGUUCUUCAGCACCAUAAAAGCCAGUGCUCACGAAAAGGGAUCAAUCAUGAUCAACAUAGACCUUGCUCAUGCCGCUUUCUACAAGGAACAACCUUUGUUGGAUUUCAUAAAGAAUGUUCUACAUGUGGAAAGGAAGGACCUAUAUGUACCGCUAGACAUCGAACUGAGGAAGAGGUUGGAAUGUGGGCUUGCAGAUUUGAGAGUUGAAACAACACACGCACCUCGCACCUAUAGGAUUAUCGGUCUUGGUAUGUAUGGGCCAGAUCGCCAAAUGUUUCCAUGGAAUAAUAAUGUGAGUGGCAAGAUUGAGCAACGCACUGUUCAAGAUUAUUUCGAGAAGGAGUAUAAGAAACCAAUCAAAUACCCUAGACUCAUCUGUAUACAGGCAUUCCCCGAGGAAAAGAACAUCUAUCUACCAUUAGAAUAUUGUGUCAUCGCACGUGGCCAGCGUUCAGUUGGAAACCUCAGCAACAGUGAAGCAGGAAACUUUAUCCGCUCGUCCGCAAUUCCACCGGGAAAGCGUCUUGAACAAAUUAAAAGAAUUUACAAUGACAAUCAGUUUGCAAAUGAUGAGAUGAUUACAAGCCUGCAGUUUGAGGUGGCAAAAUCUCCUUUUACCGUUACCGGGCGUGUUUUAUCGCCACCUAAACUGAGGAUGGGACAAGAAGUGCAGCUUAAAACAGGAGAAUGGGACACUCGUAGAGAGAAAUUUUAUAUUGGAGCAGUAGUGAAUACUUGGGCUGUCAUAAACUACACCAAUACAUGGGAAGGAGCUCUAGAAAGAUAUAUACGCAACCUACGCUCUCUCGGAGAUCGAAAAGGCAUGGUCUUUAAAUCACCGGUCUGUGUAACGAAAGGGAUGAGAGAGAAUGUGACACAGCAGUUUCAGAAUCUGAAGAAAAAAUUCCCUGAAAUUCAAAUGAUACUUGUAGUGUUGAAAGAAGCAGAUUCACUAUAUUCCCGCAUUAAAACCGUGGGAGACUUAAAGAUCAGUGUCAUUACCCAGUGUGUGAAGCAGAGGUGUAUGGAAGAAUGCAGAUUCGUAACUAUUGGCAACCUGCUCUUCAAGAUAAACGCCAAGAUGGGGGGCAUCAACUAUAUCUGGAGUCGCAGCUCAAAACUGAUGGAAAAACGCCUGAUGGUAAUGGGCGCUGAUGUCAAUCACCCGUCGGCUGGGGAUGCCAGGACACCCUCUAUGGCAGCUGUAGUUGCUUCCAUGGAUAAGUUUGUUAGUAAAUACGCCGUCGAAGUAAGGCCUCAGAAACAUCGAAACGAGAUCAUACAAGACUUCAAGGAAAUGACGAAGAACCUUCUGAAAUCGUUCUGCGUAGCCGCAAACAACCGUAAACCAGAACACAUCAUCGUCUAUCGAGAUGGUGUAAGUGACGUUCAGUUCAGUCAGGUUCUUCAGCACGAGUUUCUAGCGAUUCGUGAAGCAUGUAAAGAGCUAGAGGAAACGUACAAACCUUCAAUUACUUUUCUUGUGGUGAUGAAACGUCACCACACAAGGUAA